ACAAGAUGGCGGCGGCAGGUCCGAGUACUCGGGCCUCUUCCGCGGCGGCGGCGGCAGCUCUCAGUCGGCGGGGCCGACGGGGCCGCUGUGACGAGAUGGCGGCAGCCAAGACUGGGGCCCCGGGCGCAGCCUCUGGCCCCGCACUGCUGGUGUUGCCGCCGCCGCCGCCGCUGCAGCCGCCGCCGCCGCCGCCGCCGCCGCCGCCGCCGCGGCCGGAGGAGUCGGGCUGCGCCGGGUGCCUGGAGACCCCGGGGGAAGCGGCGGCCCUGCCGUGCGGCCACUCGCUGUGCCGAGGCUGCGCCCAGCGCGCCGCCGACGCCGCGGGCCCGGGUUGCCCGCGCUGCCGAGCCCGCGGCCCGGCUUGGGCCCGCCGUCGGGCCCGCGACGACGGCCAGGCCGACGCGGAGGUGCAGGGCGAGCGCGCCCGCCGCGGCCACCCGGAGCGCUGCCGCCCGCGCCGGGACGGGGGCGCGGCCGCGGCCGCGGCCGCCGCGGGGCCCAGGCCGGAGCAGGAGCCGCGCGCGCCGGCCGCCGAGCCAGAGUUUAUAUUCAGAGCACCAAUCAAAUUAAGCAAGCCUGGGGAACUUCGUGAAGAAUAUGAAAGCCUGAGAAAGCUGAGAGAGGAAAAGUUACAAGAGGAGAAAACCUCUGAAGAUCAAAUCCACAAGCUGUUAUCAGAGGAUAUGGAAACAGGCAAAAGGAAAAUGGAUGACCAGAAAAAGAGAGAUGAGCCAUUAGUACUGAAGACAGAUCUGGAACAUUGUCCUGCACGCCUCUCAGAUUCAGAGAAUGAAGAACCUUCCCGAGGCAAGAUGACGCAGACGCAUCGCUCAGCAUUUGUUUCCAAGAACAACUCCUACUCCUUAGCUUUCCUGGCAGGGAACCUAAAUUCCAAGUUGGAAAGGAGUCAGAGCUGCAAUGACACUGCUCAAGACAGAGCGAAGAGCAGACUCAGAGCACCCCCAACCAGCAAAACCAAGGUCACAGCUAUGACCCCAGCCUCCAACCCCAUCAUUGGUGUCCUCUUGUCCACGCAGAACAACCGCUGCCUCUCAGCCCCUGACUUAACCGUGGAAAAGCGUCUACCCUUCAGCUCCCUCUCAUCCUUGGCUUCCCUGCAUAAGCCAGAACGCUCCAUCAGUCCUGAGAGCAAUGACAGCAUCUCUGAAGAACUAAACCAUUUCAAGCCCAUUGUCUGCUCACCAUGUACUCCUCCCAAGAGACUCCCUGAUGGCCGAGUGCUAAGUCCCCUCAUCAUCAAAUCAACACCCCGCAACCUAAACAGAAGCCUGCAGAAGCAGACUUCUUAUGAGGCUAGUCCAAGGAUCCUCAAAAAGUGGGAACAGAUCUUUCAGGAGCGGCAGAUCAAAAAGACCCUUUCGAAAGCCACCCUCACCUCUCUGGCUCCAGAAGCAGGGGAAGAUUUAGUAGUCUCUGAGGUUAUCCAUUCUAGCAAGGAGAAACCACCUCUGGCCCUACAUGCAAGACUGGCCAGUGGUCAAGCACUCUCUGAGUGUGCGGGACCCACCCCUGUUGACCUUGAUCAUUUCCCCUCUGUUAGCCAAACAAAAGCGGAGCAGGGCAGUGAUAGUAAAAGGAGCCCUGAGGUACCAUUGGAAACCUGCUGUUCUUCAGGACUCACAGUGGGAGCCAGCGGGACUUCUUUGGAGAGAGAGCAAUGCCAAGGGCCGGGGCCAACCCCAGAUGCCAAGUCAGACAAAACCUGUCCGAGCAUGACCACGAACAUCUCGGCAGUUAAUUCAGUGCUGCCCAAAAAUAGUGUUCUGGGUGGGGUCCUCAAAACAAAGAGGCAGCUGAAGGCCACCAAUCAUUUUGAUCCGCCCAACGGCGUACUGGCAGACGGCCUGGGUGAGGAGCCACUUCCUUCCCUGCGCCGGGGCCGGAAAAGACACUGUAAGACCAAGCACUUGGAACAGAAUGGCUCCCUUAAGAAACUGCGACAGAGCAGUGGUGAGGUGGGUCUGGCCCCACCUGACCCGGUGCUGCAGGAGACGGAGCAGAAGCGGCAGCAGGAGGAAGAGGACCGGCAGCUGGCUCUGCAGCUGCAGCGCAUGUUUGACAACGAGAGGCGGACUGUGAGUCGGCGGAAAGGAAGCGUGGAUCAGUAUCUCUUACGGUCCAGCAAUGUGGCCGGGGCCAAGUAGCACCUACUGAACAGUAUUACCUAUUUUUAAGAGAUCUGUGGGCCUGAUCGUUUAUCCCUGAAGAGCUGAGUGUUCUCACUUUGGGUUUCUUCUAAUGGCAAAACACUGUCUGCUACGGUUCUGAGAGGUUCCGGGGCCUUUGUAGGCUAUAUCCAAGGGAACUGUGUCUGCCUCCCUGUGACCGAGGCUGGAAGCACUCCUCACCCCUGAGUGACCCACCCCUGAGGGCUUCUGGGCCAAAUCUGGCGGCACCCACUUGGAAUGAGAUUCAGGAGCACGAUGGCUGGACUUAGAAAUGGUAGAGGAGAGAGGGGAUGCCUUCUUAAACUGACAGACCUCCUGACUUCUUUCAACAGGGUGUUAUUUUAAAUCAGCCUUGCAGAUAAAAAGUAGUUCCAUCUUCCUCAUAGAAGUGGAACGGGGCAGUUCUUUGGCAGAUCCAAAAAAGAUUAUGUUCCCUUUCUCCUUACCCGUGCCACAAGUAAAUAUACCUGAUGAAAACAAUGGAGUUUCUCUUCUACAAAAGUUAACUUACUUUCCCUCUUUCAAAAGUAACGUUGGAUUAACGCUGUCUGGUUGACCACUUUCACCGUUGUGGUUCAGUUUGGUCUUCCCAGGAGCGCUAACGUGUAAGCCCCUUUGUAGAUGAUGGAACUGCAGGGCGAACGUUCAGGUUCUGUCACUGAGUGGCAUCGCCCAGACUGACUGUUGGGUCUCCUGACAACAAAUCCCAUAAAUUAUCCACACUAACCGGUUGCUGUAAUGGACUGCAACCCAUGGGCAUGCCUAGGGGAGCCUCGGGAAAGCUGGCUGAGCAUUAGAAUACUGAUUGUGCAAAAUCCAUAGGCAGAUAUUUGAGAUCAGUGGGAACUAUCAACAAAUACUGUGCAGUAUCUGCUCUGCUCCUCACCCCCCCAGUUUAUAGCCUUCUGUCUUCUGGGGCUGGGGAGGGCAGACCGUCCACUCUAUGAGACAGACUACAGUUGAACAUUACUGCUCUCUACAUGUCCAAGGGUUAUCUGCAAUGUUGAUCUAAAAUCCCAAAAAUUUGCCCAGAAGUCAGGAAAGAGCAAUGCUGAAACUCCAUACUAUGGAAACAAGGUAUCUAGCUGGAUGCAGCUGGUAAAUUCAGUCCCAUGGACCUUUGGGGUUUAUUUUCCUUAGCAGCUGACACCAUGUGUCUUUUGCAUCCCUGGUGGUGCUUGGUGCUUCUGCCCAUCUGGGCUCAUUGAGAAUAGGGGUUAAGAGAUGAUUUUAGGGAGUCUCACAUGGGCUGGCAUUCCCUGUGCAUGUACGAGCUGUUACUAUAAAGUCAUGUGACGGGCAUUUUAACAAAGGUUUUAGAGCUUAUGUAUCCCAGUGUAAGAUGUCCCUCUUGAGUGGCCCCAGCAGGAUACUGUAUAGAUUUUCCAAUGAUGUUGCCAUUGGCAAGAACAUUUCUGGAACUUUCCUCAAUGUCUAGAGAUGCUAGAAAUAUAGACUCCUAAAAUGUUAGAAUUGGAAGGGACCUUAAGGACCAUCUUUUCCAACCUCCUCUUCUUACUAAGGCAGAAGCCAAGAUCCAGAAUGGUGACUCACUGAUCACUAGGGAUCUACUGUAUCACCUUCUUUUGGUUCCUCUCAGAUAUCCCCCCUCUUCUCUGGGCAAAUCUUUAAUCUUUUGUGGUUACAGGAGGGAGAAUUUUAAGUCUAAAACUAGUCAGAAGCUAUUUGAAGCCUCUAGGAGUAAAAGUGGGCCAGGAGGGUUCAGAAUUACAAAUGAGGUGUAGCUGUAAAGCAGUUGGAGCCAUUUCCUCCUGCUGCUUAUGAACAGUUCCCAGAGAAAAUUCCAGAGAUGUCAUAAGCAUCUUGGUCAUCAUUGAGAUAUGUGAACCUCCUCAGUGACUACUUUGGUGGGAGUGUCACUCACUUGAAUGUAUGUGUUCUGCGUGUCUGCGUGUCUGUGUGCGUGCACACACGCAGAUGUAUGUUUUAAAAACACGCAUCAAUCUCAUUCCUCAAUAUUUACACCACUUCAGUUCCAGGCCCUGCCAGCAACACAGGCCUCCACAGACUGCUGGAAGGUUGGUACCCAAGAUGGCAGAGCCGGCAGUGGUCUGCGCGGAAGGGGAGGGUGACUUACUCAAUGCCCUUAGAGAAAGCCUCAGUUACUGCCCUUUGCUAGAGCUCCUCAUUGGUCUUAGUGAACAAGCCCCGGGAGGCUAGUCUGCUCGGGAGUAGCAAAGACACUUCUUUUUCCACUUGCCACCUUUUUUCUAUGUCUCCAAUCAUUUGAAAAGCAUGGUUUCAGUUGGAACUGAUUUUUGGUUUUGGAAAAAAGAUAUUUUUAAUAGAAAAAAAUAUAUUUUAAAUAUUUCCCCAAAGUCAUACUUUCAUUUUAAGAAAUUGUGUUGCAGUAGCAACAAAUUUUAGUUUCAGGUGCAGAGUGAAAAGCUCCCUCCUGUUAAGAGGAUAUUCCAAACGCUGGAUCCAGCUUCCUGACUUGCCCCCUUGCACCUACUGUUGUGUCUAAAGUGGCACUGACUCAGCUGAGCAAGAGUAGUCCUUGCUGUGAAGACAAAGCAGUUUAGGUCAAGGAGUGACAGGGCUUAACCUCUAAUCUGCUCGGCUUUGGAGGAGGGAAAAAAACCACUAAGGUAUUAUCUGUACUUUAAGAUGCUUCCCUUACUUAACUAAAACCUGAACACUUUCUCCUCCUGAAAAA